GUUCACCAGGAACAUUUGAAUCUGGAAACGACAUAACAAUAUUUGAAUCAAGACUUACAAAUUUUUUCAUUGCAAACGGAAUAAGUAACGAAGUCCAGAAGAGAGCUAUACUACUAUCUUCAAUUAGUGAGGAAGUUCACAAAAUAUUAUUCAGUUUAUGCGUUCCAGCAAAACCAGACGUUCAGACAUACGACACACUAUUAGGUUUGUUAAACAAUUAUUACAAGCCAGUGAAAUCGUACUUCGCAUCAAGAUAUGCAUUCUACAACGCAAAGCAGAGACCAGACGAAACUGUAGCUGAAUGGGGAGCAAGAGUAAAGAACCUAGCAUCAAAAUAUCGAUUACUAGAGGAAGAUGCCUCAAAAAUAAGCAUCACAUAUUCGCAACUUAUGGAAAUUUCUGCUGCAAAAGAAUCUACAAUCAACAAUAAAACCGGAUGGAUAAAGGAAGAAGCUGACUUCAAAUAUCAAAAACAAAGUCAGCAAGCAAAAUCAGCCAAGCAGUCAAUCACGGAAAAAUCAAAAUGUGGAACAUGCGGUCGAUCAAACCACACACAAAAAGAAUGCCGAUACAAGGACUACAGUUGUAAUAUUUGCAAUAUCAAAGGUCAUUUGGCUCCUAUGUGUAAAAGUAAGAACAAUAAACCAAAGUAUGAUAACCGCUCACACAAUAAAUUUUUAUCCGGGGCAAUACCCAAGUUUUUCAAGCCAAGGUCAAUUCCUUUAGCACUAAAAUCUAAGGUAGAGUCGGAAAUUGAUCGUUUAAUAGAUAAUAAUAUUUUAACUCCUGUGAACUAUAGCGAAUGGGCCACUCCAAUUGUUCCAAUUCUUAAGCCCGACGGUACAGUUAGAAUUUGUGGUGAUUUCAAAAUUACAAUCAACCCCGUAUUGGAAGGAACUGAGUAUCCCUUACCAAAAAUAGAACAUCUUUAUGCGAAUAUAAGUGGCUCAAAAUAUUUUUCUAAAAUAGAUCUCAAAGAUGCAUAUCAACAAAUGGUAAUUAAAGAGAGUGAUCGCAAAUACACUACAAUAAAUACUCACAAAGGCCUAUUCAGUUAUACUCGAAAUCCGUUCGGAAUAAAAAGCUCAGCUGGGGAAUUCCAAAAAGCCAUGGAAAUAUCAACCACAGGCUUAGAAGGGAUUGGUAUAUUUCAAGAUGACAUAAUAGUUGCGGGAAAAACGGUAGAAGAACACAACAAUAGAUUAAAAAAAUUACUUAACGUUUUAUCCGAAGUUGGUUUAAGGGUUAAACAAAACAAAUGUAGUUUUCUCAAAAAUUCAAUUGAAUAUUUAGGUCAUAAAAUCGAUGAGCAUGGCUUGCACACCUUAACUAAACACAUAAAUGCAAUACAAUCGGCCCUGGUUCCAGAAAAUAAAACUAUAGCAGCAGACAUUCUUAAACCGUUAUACUCAUUACUAAGACAAGAAAAAAAAUGGCUAUGGUCACCAGAAUGUGAUCAAGCAUAUAAUAACAUAAAAAAAAUGCUUAUCUCAAGUCCUGUGUUAGCACAUUAUGACCAAAAACUUCCCAUAAAACUCACGGUCGAUUCUUCGUCAUACGCACUAGGUGCAAUCAUAUCGCACACUUAUCCUGACCACUCAGAAAGACCAAUUGCAUAUGCAUCACGAGUAUUGUCAAACAGUGAAUGCAAAUUUCCACAAAUCGAAAAAGAAGGUCUAGCCAUAAUUUUUGGUGUUCAAAAAUUUUACGAUUAUUUAUACGGUAGAAAAUUUACAUUAGUUACUGAUCACAAACCGUUAAUCCACAUAUUUGGAAAAAAAAAAGGAAUACCAAUUUAUGCGGCAAAUCGCUUACAACGUUGGGCAUACGUUCUUUCUUCAUUCGAUUUUGAAAUUAAGUAUAUUAAAUCAGAAGGAAAUACUGCUGACUUUUUAUCACGCAUUAAAACAAACCAAUGCAACAAUAAUAUUAAUGAAUAUGAUGACGCUCACAUCAAUUUUAUUCACGAACAGUCACCAUUUCCGCUAGAUUGGCACAAAAUUAAAAUUGAAACGAAAAGAGAUCCAAUUACCUCUAGAGUAUUACACGCUACAAAAACAGGUUCAUGGAGUAAUGACUUUUCAAUAAAUUCCGAAUUAAACUCGUAUAAUACACGCAAAAUAGAAAUUACUGCUGAACAAGAUUGUUUAUUUUGGGGCUAUAGAGUAAUCAUACCAACCAAAUUCCGUAAGUCAAUUCUAACUGAACUGCAUUCUUGUCAUAUUGGCAUGUCGAGUAUGAAAAGCAUUGCGCGUUCGUAUUUCUGGUGGCCUAGUAUAGAUAAAGAAAUUGAGGAUAUGGCCCGAAACUGCAAUGAAUGCAUAAAUGCGAGACCUAAUCCUCCUAAGUCAGUACUAACUCCGUGGAAAUGGCCACAAAGACAAUGGACGAGAGUGCAUUGCGAUUUCUUACGUCCGUACAAAAACAAAACAUUUCUAAUUAUUGUCGAUGCAACCACAAAGUGGCUAGAAGUUUUUCAA